AUGAGUGACACGUCUCCUGUAAUGGCUAGCGUGGCAACAAUCCUUCAUGACUCUUUUGGACUUUCUAACACCAGGUGUAGAAACCUGGUUACAUGCAUGAGCCACGUCUGUUCUCCUCCGCCACUUUAUUAACCUUUUCUUAGGCCAGCCUAGCUAGCUAAGCUUAAACUCUAUCCUUCACUGUCAAAAUCGAAAUUCAUCACUGUUGCUAAAAAAGAUGGCUGCCACAAUAAGAGAUGAGCAAGGCAACCCGGUUCAGUUAACAGAUGAACAUGGCAACCCGAUUCAGUUAACAGAUGAACAUGGUAACCCUGUACAGAUCACUGGCAUAGCCACCACCAAACAACCUCCGACGCUUGGCAAUGUAAGUGGUGAUCAGGUACCUGGUACUGGACUUUUGUCUAGUACUGCCAUGAGCGAAGAUACAACGAAGGGCACUGACAUUCACAUUCAUGAGACGGGACAGCAUGGUGGGUUUGCUGCUGAUCAAGGUGGACAUAAGAAAGAGGAGCAGGAAGAGAUUUCAUCUACUUCAAGCUCUGGCACGUUUGAGGACGAUGGGCCAGGAGGGAGAAAAGGGCUGAAGGAGAAAAUAAAGGAGAAAUUAACUUGCGGGAAGCACUAGGAAGAGCAUGGACAGACCGCUGAGGUACACACCACAACCACCGGUCCAGCUGGAGAACAGUACGAGGAACAUCAGAAGAAGAUUGUGAUGGAAAAAAUCAAAGAGAAGUUGCCUGGCCACCAUAGCCAUCAUUAAAAGAAGUCUGCUAUGGCAGUCCAUUGUUUUUUGGUGUUAAUAUGUUGUUAGUGAUUUCGUGUGGACAGGGUUGAAUUGUGUGUGAAUUAGCUGUUAAGGUUAGUUCUGUAAUAAUUUUAAUAGGCUGUCUGUGUAUUAAGCAUGUAAUCAUGUUUUGGGUUGCAUAAAUAGUUUUCAGUUUGUCCUAGAAAAAAAGAACAUUAAAUCUUGA